CCGCGUGCCUCUCAUUCGCACUGCAGACGUCGUUGCAGCGGUUCGCUCGCCACUGUCGCACCGUUACUUACAGCAAAGUGGGCCUGUAACCACACGACAUUUCAACAGCCGUUCGGGCCGGGGAGUGGUUACAAACACCAUCGAGAAAUACAAUCCAGCUACUUGGCUCACUGCAAACCGAAUAUUCGGACUUUUAAUCAUGCGGGGACUUUCGGUGUGGACUCUCCUGGCCGUCUUUUCUCUGGUGGCAGUGAAAGGUCUGGGCCAGGAUUUAAGCCUGUUGGAUGCUUUGGAUGAUGAAAAAGCCACUCCAACUCCAAAGACGAAACCAGCAGGAGGGCCAGGAGCAGGGAAAGGUAUUUCAGACCUGCUGGAAGAUAAAUCCACCAAAAAGCCUCCAGUCCUGCCAAAAGACCCAGUCAAACCCAAGCUCAUGCCAGAGGAAACCCACUCUGACCUCUUUGCGGCCACUGUGCGGCUGGGCUUGUUGCCACGCACAACUGCCAGGCCCGUCCGAACCUCUGCCCCUCCCCGCAAGGCCCAGGAUGAUCCAGGUUUUGAACAUAGUGAUGCUUUGGAACCCAACAACAUUGAUGACAAAGGAAAGGAGACUAGCAAAGGAGGCAACGAGUUUACUGACGACGACCUCUUGGAUGUGGGAAAAGACGACACCUACAAACCUGACAAAGGGAAAGGUGGGCGAGGAGGCGAUGGUGGUCAUUUGGGCCCUGCUGAUGAUGGCGAACCCGACACCAUGGCAGAGACGGGUACCAUUGCUGGCAUUGUGAGUGCCGUUGCCAUGGCACUGGUGGGUGCAGUAAGCGGCUACAUCUCGUACCAGAAGAAGAAGCUGUGCUUCAGCAUACAGCAGAGUCUUAAUGCAGAUGUGGUCAAGGCAGAAAAUCCAGAAGCUGUUGUGGCCCAGGAGCCUCAAGUUCAACAAACCCUUCUCCAGCCCCCUAAUGCUGAGCCCCCCACAGAAGGAAAUGCCGUGUAAGCAGCACCACACCAUUCAGCCUGAAGAGGGGGCGAUGCGAAACGCCCCCCCCAGCCCCGGUGGGGAAAAGCACCAUCUUUCCUAGCCUGCACCUGUUAUCUCUCAACUUUUCAAGGAACCCAUUAAGCUUGGUCACCUAACCAACAUUUCUGUAAAUAUCACAUUUAAUUUAUUGUUUGUUUGAUCGGUACUAAAAUGACUGUUUACAAUAUUAUUCCUAUGAAGAGGUGCAUUUGCAAAAAUGAAGUUUGAUAUGUGCUGUCAAGAUAUCGAGAAGGAUAUGUAUAUUUUGUUCUACAAAUGGUGAGAGACAAGCUUAGCUCAUACAUUACCGCUGCCCCGAGUUCCUCAGUCUACAUCACACAUAUGUGUGAACAUCACUGUGUAACUAAUGUGCACCAUUAAUCCAAAGCCAGUUAGACAGUUUACCUAAUGUUGGAAAAGCAAGAAACUGAAUAAUCUGUAUAAGUAAAUUUGUGUUGAAGUGCUUCAGAAAUCCACUUUUAAGAGGAAAAGCUUUACGCACUGGUUAUUGCGGAAGGUGACUUUAAAAUAGUCCCAGUUGCUAAAUAUUUAUUACCUUUUUAUGCACUUCCUUUUUACAUUUUAACACUUUUACAUGAUCUGUAUAUAUUUGCCCUGCUUUUACGGAGCGUUGUGAAGUGAUUGUUGUAAAUACGCAGGUUUUUGUGUCCUAGAAUCCGGUUUGCUUGUUUGUAGAGAGGGUACCGGGAGAGGAAGAUCAGACUGAGACUGAUAUUGAACACUGACCUAUAGCUGCUCACAUUUUAAUUUGCUUUCAGAAGUAACUGACAACUCAAAUGGGCAUACCUGUGUGAAAAGGUGAUUGUGUUGAUGAACAAACUGUGUUGAGUCUUGCUCUGGUUUUUUUGUGUGUGGGUUUGAUUAUUGAUAUGCCAAUUCAAUUGUAGCAUUUCCUUGUUUCUGAGGAAUAGGUGAAUUUAAUGUGAAGAAGAUGCCUAGGUAUUCUUGUACCAAGUAGGCCUAAAACCUCAAAUGCUUAGAAACUGAAGUCAUUCUUACUUGUUGGCUUCAGCAGCAUAUUACAUUUUCUAUUCCUUACUAUGGAAUUUGGCAUUUGGGGAUUUUUAAAGACAUCGUGCUUGUAAAUUGUUUAUUGCGUGUGUUCAACUUUGUAUUCGAAUAGUUGUAUCAGUGUAUCAUUAUACACACUUGUAGCACUACAUGUAUUGAAAUAUUUGUUCCCCACUCUUUCAGCUUUAGUAGAAUGGGGUUGUCUCAAUUUAUUCAUAUUAAUAGUAGGAGCGUUUUGGCGUUAGCUUUUUGUCUUUUUAAUCCUAGUACAAUCUGUUACACCUUUGCAGUUUUGCUGUUGCCUUAAAGACAUUUUUGGCUGUGUUCCAAUUAUCUUUGGUCAUGUGGCUAUGUUCUAGUUUGGUGUUUGUUCUAUUGCUCCCUUCCCACGCAGAAGAUCCCUACAAUUGAAAAGUCUCUUUCAACUGAGCUGUGUGUGCGGUUGCCUCCCUAAACUUAAGAACAUAACUAUAAAGACCAGAGCUUUUCUUUUUUUUGGCAGAUGCAGUAGUACAUUUUGAAGAAGAGGCAAAAAGAAUUGUAUUGGAACACAGCCUAUAUUUGCCUUCCCAAGAUCGCCCAGUGUUUUCUGUCUCCCAUUGCCUCCACUUUGUCACGCUCUGUUCCGAUGCACCUCCUUUAUCGCUUACCCCGCACAUGGAAGAACACGGCGGAGGGAAUACAGAGGGGAACACAGCAUGAUACUGAACACCAGCAACACUGGCUGCUUCAGCAGAAUGUGUCCAGACCAGAAAUGUGUGUGGUCAAACUCUUGAUAGGACAGUGCAGCAUCUCAAAGAGGAAUUUAAAACAGCCAAAAUAUCACCAAGUUCAAUUGCAAGGAAUUUCUGAACGUAAACAACCGACUUUUCGUCCAAUACACUGCUCAUUCUCGAACAUGCCUGCCUUUCGGCACUGAUGGGACAGUCGUGUCCUAUCAAGAGUUCGGUUCCAUGUCCACGGUUCCAAACUAACGAACAGAAUGUUUAUUGAAUGUAACUUUUCACUGUUGCCAUUUUCUUUGUUAGGAUACCACGGUGAUAUGUAGCAUUUGGGGCAUGUUAUUUGGCAGUAAUGCACAACACCAAAGAUAGGCUAAUAAGGUGCCAGAUAUACCAGAAGAGCUCUUGUAAUGGUGCUGUGAGCUCGUCCCUUUGCACAUGCUUUGGCCUACGUUCUCUUCAGUCAGAGGUAGUUGACUGUUCAGAUAGAGCUGGCUUGUAGUGACAUUUAAAAUUCACAAAUGCCUUGACCACUUACUCUCAUUUUCAACAGUGAAUCCAAAAGGAACAUUUCAGAGUUUGAUCAUCAUCAUUUGACUGUUAAAACCAGUUCCCCCGAUUGUCGGAUUCAGAUAGCCUUUGUAACUAUUGCGGCUUUUGUUAUCGUCAAUUAUAGUGACGUUGUGAAAUGAGAUACCUCUCACAUAGCUCAUGAGGUGGAGGUGGUGUUUUGGCUGUGAGGAAUUCUGGGGUCAUGGAUGGGACCUGCAACGCUUUUCACACAAGGGUGGAAACACAGAUGCAUGCUUUGGUUAUCUAGCUGUAGACAUUGACGUUUUUUCUUGCUUACUGAGUUGAUGUAUGAAGUUUGGGGGAGUUCAAUAGGGAAAAACCUUUCUGAAACGUUUUUGGAUUUGCACUGCCAGUGAAGCAAUUGUAUGUCAACUUGGCAACAACAGUGGCAGAUCAAACUGUAAUGCUAUACAGUAGGUCUUUGGGAUUGCUGUACUGAUGUCAUUAAGUUCGACCUCGGAAACGUUUGGCCUUUUGCAUGGAAUUCCACUGCUAUCACUAGUGCCUAGUUCACUUUAAUCUUUACUGUUGCUGAGGCACAAGACACUCACCAUCCACUGUAGGCCAGAGGUAAUUUAAGAUCAGCCGACAAUCUCCACUGCUAAAACUGAUACAUUUCUGCUGUUUUUUUAGCACUACAGAUCUGGUCUCAAAUCUCCUUGUCUCACUGGCAAUUCCUAAUAGAAAGAAUUUAACAUGGAAAAAAAAAA